GGAAAACAGUCGCACCCGAUUGGCCCAAGCUUCUGCCCGUAGUCCCACACCGCCCCGCCCAGCCGUAGCACAGGGAGGUACUUCUCGUUCUACUACUAUUUCCUACUACACCCUGCUCUAAUUUGUCCCUCUUCAGGGCGCCCUCAUUCUAAAUUCAAGCUACCGCAACCAAAGGCACCGCCGCCGAACUUCGGCGAGAUCAUUCUCAGGCGUCAUCGACUAGGGAGGGCUCGUAUACACUUUUCUGACCAACCGAGAGGAUAGCUUUUCUGACUGUCGCCCCAUGCCUUCCGAACCAUCUAGGUCAGGCAUCGUCACUGACGAAAAUAGUGGCGAGCGCCAUAUUCCCGAGUCUAUGCGAGCCGAUGGCACGACAAGGAAGGCCAUUAAGAUUAGGCCUGGUUAUCGGCCGCCCGAGGACGUCGAGAUUUACAAAAAUCGUGUUGCCGAAGACUUUCGCAACCGUGGCAAGGGUGGCAUACCAGGUGCCGAAGGCCUGAACGACAAGAAACAAGAAACACCGUCUGCCGCGACCAAUAAAAACGCCAAGCGCAGGGAAGCCAGAAAGAAGGCUAAGUCAGCUAAUGAGUCUCAAGAAGCUGCGGCAGAUAAGGCACCGCCUUCUACGGAGACACAGGCCGACGAAGUCGACCCAGCAGCCGAAAGAGAAAAGAAAGCACGGAAUCUCAAAAAGAAGCUGAAACAGGCCAAAGACUUAAAAAACAAGAAGGAGGGCGGGGAGUCUCUGCUUCCUGAGCAGAUUGCCAAAGUCAUUAAAAUCAAUGAGCUCAUUCGAGAGCUAGAGGCUUUAGGCUUUGAUGCGGAAGGCGAGCCCAAAGCUGAGAAUGCCGAGACUUGAAUCACGGCAAAAAGGCCGGAGAGCUAAAGGAUUGUGCCUACACAUACAAUUCUUAGUAUUCGAAUCAAUGCGCGUUUCAAGUAUCAAGUUUUUUCGCCCCAUACGUGACUUGGAAAACGUCGUUGUCCGCAGUUUCGAAUGAAAAUAGUCGCUAUUUUCUAGGCUAUUCUUGAAUCUGCGACGGCCCCUCUCGAGCCGACAGAGCUUGUGAAUGACGCAGCUAUACUUGCACAGACUUUGAAG